AGAUGCUUUCCCUGCGCUGCGACCACCCUGUGCUUGGCCCAGGUCUCCCGGAGGCGUCCAGGCGUGCAGGGGGACAGAAGAGGGUGCGCCCCAACGGAUCCCUUCUCGGCCUCUGGACUUGAGCUGGCCGGUCCGGGGCUUGCAGACCUCCGGGAGGACCUGCGGGGCUAAGCGACGAUCAGGAGGCCAGGCCAGGGCAGAGGACCGCCGAGGGCCACCGCGGAAGGCGCAGUCGGCUGCGUCCAGGCUCGCGCCGGCGCGGGCGAAGACUCCAAAUUGGGCAAGCUGUGGACGCAGCUCUGCGCAUGUGCAGGAAGCGCCGGAGUUUCACUUUGUAACUUUUAAGUGGUCGGAACACGCCCCGCCUGGCUGGGUCCCGCCAGACACGCCGCCACCGCAGGAAAGUCUACAGGCUGGUACCCCAGGACUUGCUGGUCAGGAAAGCCCUGCAGGAAAUGAGUGUUAGUUCUGAGGCCUGGCCCUUCGCAGCUUGGGAGGUACCGGGGCUGCUUUUGCCUUUGCCAGAGACAGCUCCAACUGAGGACCUCCCCAACGGGUCCAUCCACAGUCCUUCCUUCCCCUAGCGUCUGAUCUGCCAGUGGCUUCUGCAGGAGUGACUUUCCCAACAUGAGUCCUGGAGGCUAGAGGAGCUUUAGGACUUCUUAAGCCAGCAGCUGCACCAACUCUGUCCCUCCCUUACUCCAUGUCACCCCCUCUGGGGAUCUGUCCACUGUGUCCUGGAUGAGCCAUCCACUCUGACCAUCUGAUCCCCCGAGAUUGUCCCAUAAUGGAGCCAUUCUCUGUGGACACCGCCAGGCACUCAGAGGUCCAAUGUCUGGCUCUCCUGGACUCCUUGCUGCUGGCUCCCUGUGCCCGACCAGUCCCUGGGGAAAUGCCCACCUUUGGUUCUGCCAGCACUGGUGGGAACCUGCAAGAAAUUUGAGCCCUGAACAUCUGUCUGCCUCGUUCUGUUGUCCUGUGCUCCAGGGAAGACAGGCACGAUGGCGGACUCCCCAUUCCUGGAGCUGUGGCAGUCCAAGGCCGUGUCCAUCAGGGAGCAGCUGGGCCUCGGGGACCAGCCCAAUGACUCCUAUUGCUACAACUCGGCCAAAAACAGCACCGUGCUCCAGGGAGUCACCUUUGGUGGCAUCCCCACUGUCCUGCUCAUAGACGUCAGCUGCUUCCUGUUCUUAAUCUUGGUGUUUUCCAUUAUAAGAAGAAGAUUCUGGGACUAUGGCCGCAUUGCUCUGGUGUCAGAAGCAGACAGCGAGUCCAGAUUUCAGAGAUUGUCAUCGACUUCCUCCUCAGGGCAACAAGACUUUGAAAAUGAGCUGGGAUGCUGUCCCUGGCUGACUGCCAUCUUCCGUCUGCAUGAUGACCAGAUCCUGGAAUGGUGUGGGGAGGACGCCAUCCACUACCUGUCCUUCCAGAGGCACAUCAUCUUCCUGCUGGUGGUGGUCAGCUUUUUGUCCCUAUGUGUCAUCCUGCCCGUCAACCUCUCAGGCGACUUGCUGGACAAAGACCCAUACAGUUUUGGGAGGACGACAAUAGCAAACCUGCAGACUGACAAUGACCUCAUUUGGCUGCAUACCAUCUUUGCUGUCAUUUACCUCUUCCUCACCGUGGGCUUCAUGCGGCACCACACUCAGUCCAUUAAGUACAAAGAGGAGAACCUGGUGAGGCGGACCCUGUUCAUCACAGGACUCCCCAGAGAUGCCAGGAAGGAGACUGUGGAGAGCCACUUCCGGGAUGCGUACCCCACGUGUGAGGUGGUUGAUGUCCAGCUGUGCUACAACGUGGCCAAACUGAUCUACCUGUGCAAGGAGAGAAAGAAGACUGAGAAGAGCCUGACCUAUUACACGAACCUGCAGGUGAAGACAGGCCAGCGGACCCUCAUCAACCCCAAGCCCUGUGGCCAGUUUUGCUGCUGCGAAGUGCUGGGCUGUGAGUGGGAAGACGCCAUCCCUUACUAUACGCGGAUGAAGGACAGGCUGCUGGAGAGGAUCACAGAGGAAGAAUGCCACGUCCAGGACCAGCCCCUGGGAAUGGCCUUUGUCACCUUCCAGGAGAAGUCCAUGGCCACCUACAUCCUGAAAGAUUUCAAUGCCUGCAAGUGUCAGAGCCUUCAGUGCAAAGGUGAGCCCCAGCCGUCCUCCCAUAGCAGAGAGCUCUGUACCUCCAAGUGGACAGUCACCUUUGCCGCUGACCCUGAGGACAUCUGCUGGAAGAACCUCUCUAUCCAGGGCCUCCGCUGGUGGCUACAGUGGCUGGGCAUCAACUUCACCCUCUUCCUGGGGCUGUUUUUCCUGACCACACCCUCCAUCAUCCUGUCCACCAUGGACAAGUUUAAUGUCACCAAACCCAUCCAUGCGCUGAAUAACCCGAUCAUCAGCCAGUUCUUCCCCACCCUCCUGCUCUGGUCCUUCUCGGCUCUGCUCCCCUCCAUUGUCUACUACUCUACACUGCUGGAGUCUCACUGGACCAAGUCAGGGGAAAACCAGAUCGUGAUGACCAAAGUCUACAUAUUCUUGAUCUUCAUGGUGCUGAUCCUGCCCUCCCUGGGUCUCACCAGUCUAGACUUUUUCUUCCGGUGGCUCUUUGACAAAACUUCCUCGAAGGCUUCCAUCAGGUUGGAGUGUGUCUUCCUGCCUGACCAGGGCGCCUUCUUUGUGAACUACGUCAUCGCCUCGGCCUUCAUCGGCAAUGGCAUGGAGCUGCUGCGGCUGCCAGGCCUCAUCCUCUACACCUUCCGCAUGAUCAUGGCCAAGACGGCUGCCGACCGCAGGAAUGUCAAGCAGAACCAGGCCUUCCAGUACGAGUUUGGAGCCAUGUAUGCGUGGAUGCUGUGUGUCUUCACUGUCAUCAUGGCCUACAGCAUCACCUGUCCCAUCGUUGCGCCAUUUGGCCUCAUCUACAUCCUGCUCAAGCACAUGGUGGACCGGCACAACCUCUACUUCGUCUACCUCCCAGCCAAGCUGGAGAAGGGGAUACACUUUGCUGCUGUGAACCAGGCCUUGGCAGCCCCCAUCCUAUGCCUCUUCUGGCUCUACUUCUUUUCCUUCCUGCGCCUGGGUAUGAAGGCCCCUGCCACUCUGUUCACCUUCCUGGUGCUGCUGCUCACCAUCCUGGUCUGCCUGGCUCACACCUGCUUUGGAUGCUUCAAGCACCUCAGCCCUCUGAACUACAAAACAGAAGAGCCUGCAAGUGACAAAGGAAGUGAGGCAGAGGCCCACAUGCCUCCAUCGUUCACACCCUAUGUGCCUCGGAUUCUGAACGGCUUGGCCUCGGAGAGGACAGCACUGUCUCCGCAGCAGCAGCAGACCUAUGGUGCCAUCCACAACAUCAGCGGGACUAUCCCUGGACAGUGCUUGGCACAGAGCUCCAUGGGCAGUGUGGCUGCUGCCCCACAGGAGGCCUGAGGCCGGGUCUCACUGCUCUAAAAAGACACAACCAGAAUGGCCUGGGUCUCAGGCCCUUGGCUGAGCGGGAAUGUGUUGGGACUGCCCAGCUGAGCCAUCAGGUGCCCAUCUUUUCUGGUCCCAGCAGUGGUGAGGGGAGCACAUGCAGGCCUCGCCCCUACCUUGCUCACCCAGUUCCCCCUCUGGCACAAGCUUGUGGCUCUGCAGCUGGGGUGACAUCCCCAGUGGUUUGUCGCCAAGACCAUGUGGUGGACUUUUCGCCCCCCAAACUGAUGAGUCUGGGAGAAUAUAUGGAGAGAGAGAUGUAACAAGGGGAAGGCCUCCUCCCUUCUGAUCACACACACAACCGAUAACCAAAGAGAUGCUGCAGUCCAGGUCUGAGAUGAGCUGGCGUCCAGCUCCCUGUUCCAUGGCCAGUCCCUCCCCAACCCGGCAGCCCCUCCAGGCUACACCCAGGAGUGAGCUAUGGGGAGCAGGCUGGGAGGCGGCCAGUGCUCCAGCCAGCUGUGCACACACCUCUGUAUCCCACUACAGUUCUGUGUUUUUGUAUCAUGUCAGGGACACCCCAUAACAGGCAGGGACAAGGACCACUCAUAAUGUGCCCACUGGACCACAGUUAAGAUCCAGCCUCUCCCACCUCUUCAGGGCUGAGUGCAUGAGUCUGCACCUCCAGGCAGGCUCUGUGCAGUACUCACCCUCUGUCUGCUCCCUCCAAGGUGUGGGGGUGGGCAGUGCUCAGGGCCUCCUCGGAACCAAAGGACAGCAUGGUUGGCACAGAGGGGGUGCCUGGGCUGGGUGCAGGGCCAUCCCAUUGUCCUAGAGCUGUGGCUCUGGCAGGAAGGAGGGGCUGUCCCUCUUCUCCCUCCUGGAGAUUCCAGGGGAUGGGAUGCAACUUAAGACUUCUGCCUGAGAAGCCUCCUCCCUGCUACCUCCAGGGGGCACCAAGGCACAAGCCUGUGCCGUGGGGGUGGGAGGGGGUGCGGAAGAGCAGGUCCAGGCUCCUUCCAGCCCAAUUGGGCCAGGGCCUUGGCACCUCUGCAGGCCCUGCCUGUGCCUGUCCGCUGACCUAGUGGGCCUGGGCUUUCUGACUCAGGGACCCUGUUGACGCUGACUUGCGCCUGCAGUGGCGGCCAAUGCCGCCUCUGCUCCAAGCUGCCCCUGUGCUGGGAGGGGUGGGGGCGGUGCCAUUGGUCUGGUGCAGCACAGCCCUGGCCAGUGGCCUCAUCCUCAAUGGGCCUCCUGUGCCUCUGCCAGCAAGGAGGGGCCUGCCAGCUCUGCUUGGACAGGGGGCCCCAUGUGGGGUCAGGGCAUGCUUAUGUCACUGGGUUCCAGCCGCUGUUAGAAGUAAAGUCAUUUAUCAUCAA